AUGGACACAAGGUUGUCCCCUUUAUUUACAGAGGUUAGGAGAAGGAAAUGGUUGGAAGAUAUCCCUGAGUCAUCAAGUAACGAAGACCCUGUGCUUUUCGAUACCUCAAUUAUUCCUUGGUGGGCAUCGAUGAAGAGGUUCCAUCUUCCUGAAGCAGAACGUCUCAAUGGUCGUGCUGCAAUGGUUGGUUUCUUUACGACCUACUUUGUGGAUAGCUUGACUGGUGUAGGUCUCGUCGACCCAAUGGGAAACUUCUUUUGCAAAACACUAUUGUUUGUAGCUGGUGUACUCUUGAUCCGCAAGAACGAGGAUUUAGAAACUAUCAAAAAGUUGCUGGAAGAGACUACUUUCUAUUACAAGCAAUGGCAAGCAUCUUGGAAUGACAAGACCUCAAGCAGCUCGAAGGAUUCUUGAGAUUGUUCGUCGUAUAACCU